AUGGUAAAUUGCAGCGAAUGCUUGUAACAUGCAUUUCCUAUGUAUCUUGGAGGCUUUAAUAACUAGAUUCUAAUUAAAGCAAUGAGUGUUGAUGACGCAACUUAAUAAAUAGUUAUAGCAGGAAUUAACUAUGACUCAGAUAUUGCAAUAGGGACUUCAUCAAGUGGUUAUCCCUUCAUAGCAUAUAUUGAUGAGGGAAAUAUUUAUAGAUGGGCAUAUGUCUUCAGUUUACAUUCAGUUUAGUUGGAUAAAGUCAUUUUUUCAAAAGGAAAAAAAAAAGUAAUUGCAAUAAAUUAUCUAGGAAUCGCUUUGUAAACAGAUGAUAAUAAGUUUAUGCUUACUAUAAUAAAAUAAGAUACUGGCAACUAGAUAAAUGUAUUAUCAGUAAAUCCAGGCUAAGCUAGAUUACUUGCCUAAUGCACUGAUGGUAAAGGCUUUUAUGUUGCUGGUUUGCAAGAUGAUUAUGAUACUUAAUAACUUCAAUCUUCUAUUUCAAUUUUUAACACAGUCGGAGUACUUCAAUUCGACUAUCUUUUAUUAACAACUACUGCAUCUUCAAAUUAGGCAUUGAUUACUCAUAUGUAUGUUACUUAAAAGGGAACUUGGAAAAUUGACUCAAUAUAUGGAAUAAUAUGUUCUGAUUUAUAAACCCUAGAACCAAAAUAUAUAAUAUUCCUAAUUGAAGUUGGCUAUUAAGAAAAUUACGAAACAAAUGAAGGAACCUAAAUGUACUUUGAAAUUUCUUCAUAAAGCAAAUCUUUUGUAACUUCAGCAGGAAUUUCUUCUAAAUAUGGGGUGAUUAUAGCUGGACAUACAAAUUCAUCUGAUCAAGGCCUAGAUUUAAAUUUUUAAAAGAAUGUAAGCUUUAUUACUACUUCAGAAGAUAAAUACAGAUGUCGAGGAAGUGUUGUAUAAUUUUCUGUAGAUUUGAUGACUGUAUCUACAGCUUUUGAAUUUUGA